AUGCUUAUUUACUCCAUUGAGGUGUUGAAAGGAAUUAUGUAUGAGUUAACUCAGUGUGUUGUGGAUGUAUUUCGAACAAAGGAGAAUGAUGCAGCAGUUAAAAUUCAGAGCUGGUUUCGAGGAUGUCAAGUUCGAGCAUAUAUCAGGUAUUUACACAGAGUAGCAACAAUUAUUCAGAAACAAUGGAGAGGUUACUUAGGCAGACAACAAUAUCAAGCAAUUGUGAAGUUAGCAUAUUACACUAUGAAGAUGAAUCUCUACAAUGCAAUGGCUGUCAGGAUUCAGAGGCGAUGGCGGGGGUAUAAGAUCCGGAAAUACUGCUUUAAUUAUUAUUAUUUGAAGGAGUACCUGAAAGCUGUUUCUGAGACCAACGAUGCAAUUAGGGAGGCCCUGGAAGAGUUUGCAGAGAUGAAAGAAAGGGAAGAGAAGAAGGCAGACCUCGAAAGGGAGGAGAAAGAAAGAGAUUACCAGGCUCGAAAGAUGCAUUACCUCCUCAGCACAAAGCAGAUUCCAGGAAUAUAUAAUUCACCGUUCAGAAAAGAUCCUGACCCUUGGGAACUGAGGCUGCAGAAGGCGAAGCCUCUAACACAUCGUCGCCCUGAAGUGAAGCGGGAGCAGUCCGUCUGCCUUAGCGACUGGCUCGCUUGCACCAGCGCCCGGUCCUUUCCUCGGUCCGGAAUUCUGCCCCCUAUUGACAGGAAACGCUGUCAGGGACCAUUCCGCGACAUCUCGGAAGUUUUGGAACAGCGCUACAAGCCUCUGGAACCGACACUACGGGUGGCUGAACCCAUCGAUGGGCUAACAGAGGCCAGAGCACAGCUCCAGAAGCAGGAAUGGGCACGAAAUGUGAAUGACAAUAUGUUUUUGCCAUUUUCUUCCUAUCACAAAAACAAAAAAUACGUCCCGACAAUGCAUUUAUCAAGCAAAUAUGGUCCUGAUGCUUAUGGAACUCAACAUUUCCGAGAUGAAAAUCCUAAGAGAUGGAUCUGUAACAAGGAUUUCCAAACUGUAUUGCCAUCAUUUGAUCUCUUCUCAAAGUAUGGAAAAAUGUAUUCAAAAGCUGGACAAAUUGUAUAA